CAUCAUUAUGGCUAUGGGAUUGACUAGUUAUAUUAUAUAGUUGUAUAUUUCAUGCACCAUUAUGGCUAUGGGAUUUACAUAAUAUUUUCCGUACCAAAUAUUGGAAUACAGUACUUAUUAAGGUAGGAUAACGGCGCCCGCCCUCUGGAAAGGCCAAGACUUCACCGGUGCUGGCAGGGAGGGUCCUUGACCCAUCCACCAGCGGGAACGGCGUGACCCCGCACUGCGGUACGGGAGUAGUUUUAAGUUAGUUUUAGUUUAGUUUAAGUUAGAAGUAGGCUUUAAACUCAUUAAGUAGGGAAUAAUGUAGUGAUUCAGCCAGAGCCAAUACGGCUCUGGCGGUUAUAUGCGCGUAAGUCCCGCAUUCGGGCGACACCCGCGGUAGUUUCCGCGGUCGGGUCGAUGAUUGAGUACAUCAGAUUGAACCGAGACUACUGCACGGGACAUACACUGUUGAUUGCUCGUCUCUUCUGUCUCUUCUGUCUACUACUACUAGCAACGUACGUGGAGCUCCACCGGCGACACAACGAGUGCUUCUUGAGACAGACUUCAAGCUGUAUAUUGUAUAAGUAUACAGCCUAUGUCAGCAAUGGAUUCUGGACAAACAAGUUCUGAUGAAGGAUCGCCAGACGGAUCUAGAAAUCCUAACAGAGGAAGAAUACCAGAAAUGUAUGAUUUUCUACGCAGGAGUUAUUCAGGCACUUGGAGAACAACUCAAAGUUCGUCAACAAGUUGUGAGCACAGCAACCAUCUAUUUCAAAAGAUUUUAUUCCAAGAACAACCUCAAGAGUAUAGACCCACUUCUCAUGUCACCUACCUGUCUAUUUUUAGCAUCCAAAGUGGAGGAGUUUGGGCCUCUCAUCAAUAGUAGAUUGAUAAGUGCCUGUCAAUCAGUAGUGAAAAAGCUGCCAUAUGCCUUCUCUGGUCAGGAAUUUCCAUACACCAUCAAAUCGAUCCUGGAAUGUGAAUUCUACGUACUGGAAAUCAUGGAUUGUUGUUUGAUAGUGUACCAUCCGUACAGACCUCUUAUACAAUACGCUUCUGACCUCGGACAAGAAGAUCAACUCCUACCCCUGGCAUGGCAUAUAAUUAACGACAGCCUCAGAACAGAUGUAUGCCUACUAUACCCUCCAUAUUUAAUUGCUUUAGCUUCCCUACACAUGGCGUGUGUGAUAUCUCAGAAUGAUCAUACUAAACAUUGGUUUGCUGAUCUCAAUGUAGACCUUGACAAGAUACUUGAAAUCACACAGCAAAUUCUAAAGCUAUACGAUCUAUGGGAAAACUAUGACGAGAAGAAAGAGAUUGCCAGUGUGCUUGCAAAGGUUCCCAAGCCUCAGACCAUCCCACCCCCUUCAACAUCUGUUGCUACGUCAGACAGCCAAUCCUCAGGAAAGGGAACAGUGUAGUCGGAGAGACAAUGAUUGAUGCUAAUAAGCGAGUUCGUAAUUAGGAUUUGCGCAUGGGCAGAUAAAGGUCAUCCGUUCCCAAAUUGUGAAACCAUCGACAAGAAUACUGGUAUCGUGCUCAUGAAGGUUUUGUAAUCAGUAUUCAUUGACGCACCGACAGGACAUUUAUCUGAUACACAGGUGGAAGUAUUCUUCUCAAGAGGCAAACAAAAGGUAUUCAUGAAGCACCACCAUCACUUCGGCAGUGAUUAUUCCUAAAUGCAGAAGUGGGAUGUAUCUAUAGUGUAAAAGAUUUGGGGAUAUUUUGGGGUCAUGCAUUCCGAAGCUUACAUGUACGAACUGGCUUAUAGUCGUAUGGACAUUGAAAAACACUGGAUGGUAAUUAGUCAGGUCAGGUGUGAAGUGACUGUUGAAAAGGCAGAUUGAAAAUAAAUGGUUAUUAUUCACAUAGAAAGUGUUUGCUGCAAAGUCAAAGGGAAAGUGAACGUCGAUUAGACAGACACUGUCCAGUGCAUAGUCAAGUGGUCAGAGUUGCUUUUAAGGCAUCGUUUAACAAUGUUAAAUCUGAGAUGCACGGCCCUACUUGUUAUCAGUGUCUGUGAUAUGGUGUAAUAUUGAAGCCCUAAACAAAUUGCGC